AUGAAGAAGUAUUGUCCUGCUAUACCGCGAAAGUUCCAAUUUGAGCUUCUUGCACUGUGCAGUCUGGACUUGGCCAACACUGGGUCCAAACCGCUCGACAGUGGAGGGAAGCGUGUGCUCGUCGCUGAAGAGAAGCGGCUGAAAACUAGCAUCCAAGUAUCCAAGAAUGAGCGAUACGAUCGGCCUUGGAUGAAUUCGAAGCAGAAGUAUCGAGCCGACCGGAGAGUGACCAGUCGCUUCUUGAAAUUCCUUGGGAUACUGUAA